AUGGGUGGUAUGGGCAAGACCGAGAUUGCGCAAGAGUUUGCGAUUCGCUACCGAGAAGAAUUCGAUGCCAUCUUUUGGGUCCAAGCUGAUGAGAUCGCCAAGAUCAAUCAAAGUUAUCAACGUAUAUCCACUGAGCUUGGUUUGGAGAAAUCCUCCGAGAGUCACAGUGAAGUCGUCAGCAGAGAAUUAGUCAAAGGAUGGUUGUCGAACCCAUGGAGAGACCAUACCGCAGGAGAGAGUUUCAACCCUUCCUCUGAAGUCAACUGGCUUAUCAUUUUUGAUAAUGCUGACGAUCCCAUGAUUUUGACCGAUUAUUGGCCUCAGGGUAGUGGUGCUGUACUGAUUACCAGCCGCGACCCUCUCACCAAGACUCUUUUCUCUGCGCGUACUUCUGGAAUUGACCUCGGGCCUUUGUCUGACGAAGCCGGAGCAUCUUUGUUUCUUCUUCUAACUGGAGCAGAUGCUGAAGAAGACGGUGAGCAGAUGGCGAGACGUAACACGCAGCUACUGGGAGGCGUACCUCUAGCCAUCUCACAGAUGGCUGGUAUCAUACGACGGCAAGACCUCAGCUUGAACGAGUUCCAUGACUUGUACACUGACGCAGCAGAACAUCUCGACCUAUACGACACCAGAACUGGUGACGCGUCUACUAGAGGCUAUGCUCACAGCAUUUCCACAGUAUGGGCCAUCGAAAAGUUGAACCCUGUCUCAAGGAAGCUUCUGGAAUUAAUCACAUUCUUGGAUGCGGAUCGCAUACCGGAGUAUCUCUUAAUCGAAGCUUCAGUCCUGAUCUUUGCGACAGAAGUCAACUUCAAGAAGAGCCUGUAUCGAGAUACGCGCACUGAACUCAUACAAUCGUCUCUGGUCAAAAGAAACAAGCAAAAGCAGGAGUUGUCCUACGAGCAAAGAUGA